AUGGAUGAAGGUGUUUCCCGCAUCCGCCGGCGGGUGUCUGUCCGCAAAAGGGACCGUCCUAGCCUAGGGAGCGGUUUUGCCGCCCCCACCGCGGCCGAGCUCAAGCCGGGCGAUGAGGAGGGGGAAGAGGCGAUGGUGGCUGGAAGCCGGCGGAGGAAAACCGUGGAGGUGCAACCGGUCGAGGUAUCAAAUUCCGAGCCUUGUCUCAUUGCCCACUUCGGGGGAGAUGAUACAGACCCAGGUCUCCUACCGCGCAUGCCCACUGAAGGAACACAAAGACCCAAUGACAGUGAAGAGGACAUGUUUGGUGACUAUGACAGCUUUGCUGAAAAUUCUUUUUUAGCUCAAGUUGAUGACCUGGAACAACAAUAUAUGCAAGUUCCUGAACAUAGGAAACAUGCCUCAGACCUUAGCACUGAAGAUCUUUGUUCAGAAAGCAUCAAACACAACAAACUCAGCAUUACUACUGUAGGUAACUUUACUGAAUUAAAAACGGAUGAGCACAUAAAGAACCAUAGCAGGCAUGAAGAUGUCUCCAUUGAACCUGAUAUUUUGUAUGAUGUGCCUUCUUCACAGGUUUUAUACUUUGAAAAUUUGCAGAACUCUUCAGAUGAUUUGGGCAAUCAGUGUACUAAAGAGAGGGAUUGGAACGCAUCCUCUCACAAGACCGUGAAUGAGGAAUUACCCCAGAAUAGAAUAGAACAACACCAGCAAAUUGAUGAUUCCUCUUCUAAAGUCAGAACUAGUUCAGAGGAAAAUAGGAGAAAGAGUCUUAAAGAACAUCUAAAAAGUGCCAUGACUGGAAAUGCCAAGGCCCAAACACCGAUAUUUUCUAGAACUAAACAGCUCAAAGAGACUCUCCUAUCUGAAGAAAUUAAUGUUGCUAAGAAAACAAUUGAGUCAUCAUCGGAUGACCUUGGUCCUUUUUAUUCAUUACCCAGCAAAGUGAGAGACCUUUAUGUUCAGUUCAAGGGAAUUGAAAAAUUAUAUGAAUGGCAACAUACUUGCUUAACAUUGAAUUCUGUGCAAGAAAGAAAAAACUUAAUAUAUUCCUUGCCAACAAGUGGUGGAAAAACCCUCGUGGCUGAGAUUUUAAUGCUGCAAGAACUGCUCUGCCGGCGAAGAGAUGUUCUAAUGAUCCUACCAUAUGUGGCAAUUGUCCAAGAAAAGAUUUCAGGUUUGUCAAGUUUUGGUAUAGAGCUGGGUUUCUUUGUUGAAGAAUAUGCUGGAAGCAAAGGAAAAUUUCCUCCAAUUAAAAGAAGGGAAAAAAAAUCUCUAUAUAUUGCCACUAUUGAAAAAGGACACAGUCUGGUGAACUCCUUGAUUGAAACUGGAAGGAUUGGCAGUCUGGGUCUGGUUGUUGUAGAUGAGUUGCACAUGAUUGGUGAAGGGAGCCGUGGGGCUAUACUGGAAAUGACCCUAGCAAAAAUCCUCUACACUAGCAAAACAACUCAAAUUAUUGGCAUGAGUGCAACACUGAACAAUGUUGAAGACCUACAAGAGUUCCUUCAAGCAGAAUAUUACACCAGUCAAUUUAGACCAGUUGAAUUGAAAGAAUAUUUGAAAAUAAACAAUGCAAUAUAUGAGGUUGACUGCAAAGCUGAGAACGGCAUGACUUUUUCACGUCUCCUUAAUUGUCAGUAUUCUGAUACUCUGAAAAAGAUGGAUCCUGAUCACUUGGUGGCAUUGGUGACAGAAGUUAUUCCCAAUUAUUCCUGCUUAGUUUUUUGUCCCACUAAGAAGAACUGUGAAAACGUAGCAGAAAUGAUAUGCAAAUUUUUAAGCAAGGAAUAUCUGAAACAGAGAGAGAAAGAAAAACAUGAAGUGAUUAAGAACUUGAAGAAUAUCAGCAGUGGCAACUUGUGUCCUGUUUUAAAGCGCACCAUCCCUUUUGGUGUUGCUUAUCACCAUAGUGGUUUAACGAGUGAUGAAAGGAAGCUCUUGGAGGAAGCCUAUUCCACAGGAGUUCUGUGCCUUUUUACCUGCACAUCCACCCUAGCAGCAGGUGUUAAUCUACCAGCUCGAAGAGUUAUUUUAAGAGCUCCCUAUGUUGCUAAGGAAUUUUUAAAGAGGAAUCAAUAUAAGCAGAUGAUUGGCAGAGCUGGCCGUGCUGGAAUAGAUUCUGUUGGGGAGAGUAUCCUUAUACUGCAAGAAAAAGACAAGCAACAGGUAUUGGAGUUAAUAAGCAGACCACUGGAAAAUUGUUAUAGCCAUCUUGUUCAAGAAUUCACCAAGGGAAUCCAAACUUUGUUUCUCUCUUUGAUUGGUUUGAAGAUUGCAACAAAUCUUGAUGACGUAUAUCACUUUAUGUGUGGUACAUUUUUUGGUGUUCAGCAAAAGAUUUUGUUGAAAGAAAAAAGUCUGUGGGAAAUAACUGUGGAAUCACUUAGAUACCUGACAGAAAAAGGACUUCUACAAAAAGACGCUAUUAAUAAGUCUGAAGAAGAGAGCCAGUAUAGUUUUCAUAUUACAAAACUGGGGCGAGCUUCUUUUAAGGGAACUAUAGAUUUGGCUUAUUGUGACAUUCUCUACAGAGACUUGAAGAAAGGUCUCGAAGGACUUGUGCUCGAAAGCCUUCUUCACCUAAUUUACCUAACAACUCCCUAUGAUAUGGCUUCUCAGUGUGUCCCUGACUGGAUGAUAUACUUCAGGCAGUUUAGCCAGCUCAGUCCAGCAGAACAAAACGUAGCUGCUCUUCUUGGAGUCUCUGAAAACUUUAUUGGGAAGAAAGCAUCAGGUCAAGCUAUAAAAAAGAAGGUGGACAAGGACAUUGUCAACAGACUAUACCUGUCUUUUGUUCUUUAUACCCUGCUCAAAGAGACCAACAUUUGGAGUGUGUCUGAAAAAUUUAAUAUGCCUCGAGGCUAUAUACAAAGCCUUCUCACUGGAGCUGCCUCAUUCUCCUCUUGUGUGCUACAUUUCUGUGAGGAACUUGAGGAGUUUUGGGUUUAUAGAGCCCUUUUGGGAGAACUCACCAAGAAGUUGACUUACUGUGUAAAGGCAGAGCUAAUUCCUCUCAUGGAAGUGACUGGAGUUUUAGAGGGUCGAGCAAAACAGUUAUACAACGCAGGCUAUAAAAGUCUGAUGCACUUAGCUAAUGCAAAUCCUGAAGUGUUAAUAAGGACACUUGAUCAUUUAUCAAGACGCCAGGCCAAGCAAAUUGUUUCAUCAGCAAAGAUGCUGUUGCAUGAAAAAGCAGAGGCUUUACAAGAGGAAGUGGAAGAGUUGCUGAGGUUGCCUCCUGAUUUCCCCAGUAUUGAGGUGUCUGCCACUGAAAAGGCAUGAAGCUGUCUGACAAGCAUUUUCAAACAGGAAUGAUUUAUUGUACCUAUUUUUCAAUUAAAUAUUCCCUAUAAUUUAUAAAUAAAAAAAUACAUUUUAAUUAUACAU